ACCGGUUAAGUUCCACAGUAUGCAUGCUUCCUCUUGUUUCUCUGGCUUUCAUACACAUGAGACACAUGAGACUUGGCCAAGAUCACCUCUCACUUCUUAUCCAACUUCUGAUCAUCAUUCAUCAUACACCAUCAUUCCACAGAAAAGACCAGCAUGGACAGUAGACCACCACUGGUUUGGCUCAUCUUUGUCCUGGUUACCAUCAUGUCCUCAGGCAACAACCCAGAAUUGGUUGCCGGAAAACCCCAUCACGCUGCCUCAACCUUCCCUCACGACCAUCCUUCUCCACGGAGACUUGCUGCUGACACCCAAGGGUUCAUAAGCAUUGACUGUGGGAUAGCUCCAGGUUCAUCUUAUACAGAUGAUAGAACCCAGAUACAUUACACUUCUGAUGCAGAAUUCACAGACACUGGAGUCAAUUAUAAUGUUUCCAGGUCUGAAAAUCCUUCAAAGCAGCUCAUGAAUGUUAGAAGCUUCCCAGAAGGAGCCAGGAAUUGUUACACCCUAGAACCAGAAAAAGGCAAGGGUAAUAAGUAUUUGAUCAGAGCUUUCUUCAUGUAUGGGAACUAUGACUCCAAGAAUCAACUCCCGGUCUUCAAACUUUAUCUGGGUGUUGAUAAAUGGGACACUAUCAAGUUCAAAAAUUCAAACAAAAUUGUAAGGAAGGAAAUCAUACAUAUCCCCAAAACAGAUUACAUAGAUGUGUGUCUAGUUAACAAUGGCUCUGGGAUACCCUUCAUAUCUGCAUUAGAGCUUAGACCGCUUGAUAAUUCCAGUUAUCAUAAAACUGAACUGGGUUCUCUGCUACUCUCUAACAGAUGGGACUUCGGUUCAGAGCAAGAAAAGUUUCAAGUCAGGUACAAAGAUGACGCUCUUGACCGCAUUUCGAACUCCUACAAGAAUGCUUUUUGGGAAUCCAUAACUGCAGGAUUUGAAAGCUAUUCCUACAGUGACAAUCCCUUUAAACUUCCGGGAAUAGUCAUGUCUACUGCUGCAACACCUAAAAAUGAAAGCGAACCCUUGAGCUUCUUCCUGGAUAUGGAUUAUCCUUCUCAAACAUUUUAUUUGUUCAUGCAUUUUUCUGAGGUUUUGCAACUCCAGGGCAACCAGUCCAGAGUAUUUACCAUCUGGCUGAAUGGCACCUUAUGGAACGAUCAUGUGGUUCCCAAACGCUGUAGCUCUACCAGAAUAUUUAGAACAAAUUCUGUAAGGGGAAGUAGAUUGUUAUUUUCACUUGUGAAGACGGAUGAAUCCACGCUUCCCCCCAUUAUCAAUGCCUUGGAAGUUAUGUGA